GAAAGUGGUCGUUUUUACAAAUUACUGAAGCGAAAAUAACUCGACAAUUCUUCGAGUUCGACUGAGUCCGGAAAUGUCGAAAUCGCACUCAGCUCUUCAUGACCGUCUCCCUCGGUUAACAAAUCCGAUACUGGACUCACUGAAGAAAACAAACUACACACCGCCACAGGACGCCACCGUGUCCGUAAAAUCAAUUUUAUGCACUCUCCUUGACAUUGAAACGGCACCGAAUGAGCAAAAACUCAAAAAUGUGACUCUAGCGCUUGGUCUUCUGAUCUCCUCUCGGACUUCAACUCACGAAUCUCUCACAUGGAUCCCCGAACACAUUUCAGUAACUGCUGAGUCGGUUUUUCAUGCUAUUGCGAACGAGUACGGCUGUUUUGUUGAGUUGUUGCCAGAAGUGGUGCCGCUUUUGAAGGAGAGGAUUAAAGAGAGUUCGAUUGAUAUAGAUAAUGAGAGUGAUCAAGUAACCGCCGCUUCGGCUCGGGUUCCGGUUGUUCUCGCGAUUUUGGCGGCUUAUCAGUUCCGAUGGUUGGUUACUCAGGUGGAGCAUCCUGAUUUGGGGAAGUUCUGUAAUUUGGUGAUUCCUUGUGCAUUGACCACGCUUGACCACUGGUCACCGGAGGUCAAAGCGCAGGGCAUGAUUGUAUUUAUACAUCUUGCAAAAAAUGUGAAUGUUGUGGAUCUUAGUUUGUACGAAGAUGUGAUUCUUGAUGCUUGCUGUCAAAAUAUUGCUUCAGCUGACGAGAUAUGGCACCUUGUAGUUGAGAUGUCAGUACUUCUUGUGACUAGUACACAGAGAAGUAAUUGCCGUAGCUCAUGGUUUGAAAGGAUACUGAAUGAGAUGCUUAGUCACUUGGAGCGCCAGCCAAGAAAUAAGGACCGAUAUGUAGCAUGGCUAAAAUAUAUUGAGCCACUUUUCAGUGCUCUUGGCCUUGUUUUACUGGCUCAUUUUAGUCGUAUAUUUCCACUUUUCUUCAAAUGGAUGCAUGCUGAUGAUGAUGAAACUGUGUCACUGGUUCUCAAGCGGCUUCAGACUCUUAUAAAAUUGACGUGGAUAAGGAACACACCAUAUGUUGACAGAUUGGUGGAUGAACUUACCAAAUUGUACAGGAGGCAGCAAUGAGAAGAGCUCGUGAAGAAAUCAGGACAGAUUUCUUCAGAUGCUAAUUCUCUACAACAGUAAGAAUCCUUUUCUUUUU